GUUGCGGUCGGUAUAUAUAAGGUGCAGGGCUGAGGUCGAGCUCGGUUCUGAGCGUUUGCCUGUCCGCGCGCCUCGCUUUUCCGCCCCCAGAUUUGGCAUUCGACACUGAAUCAUCAUGGGCUUUUUCCAACUCCUGAUGAAGAAGAAGGAACUUAUUCCUUUGGUGCUGUUCAUGACCGUGGCAGCGGGGGGAGCUUCAUCUUUUGCUGUAUAUUCCCUUCAAAAAACCGAUGUGAUCCUUGAUCGAAAAAGAAAUCCAGAACCUUGGGAAACUGUGGAUCCUAGUGUACCUAGAAAGCUUGUAACAAUCAACCAAGAAUGGAAGCCCAUUGAUGAGUUGCAGAAGGUCCGAAAGGCAACCAAGUGACCAGCCCUCACCUCUUUCUUCCUAAGAGUACUCUAUGAAUCUGGUGGAAACAUUUCUGCACAAACUAGAUUAUGGAUACCAGUGUGCGGAAAUGCUUCUGCUACAUUUUUAGGGCUUAACUACAUUUUUUGGACUCAAGAUAAGGAAUUCUAAAGGUAGUACAGUCAUAACCACAUGGUCCAAAAAUAAGUUUCUGUGUUUAUUUUCUUGUAAAUUGAAUUUUGCAUAUGGAAAUUUUUAGGUUUAUGGUAUCUGAGUGUUUUCCUUAAAAUGUAUAAAGACUUGUAAAUUAGAUCAUCUAUAAUAAAAUGCUAUUUUGUGUAAGA